UCUCCUUUUUCCUACUUUUGGGUCUCCCCUAAAGAAAUAGCCGCCAGACUCCUGAGUCCCAAAGCCUUUGAAGAAGCUGGCGUCUUUCGUCCUUUGAAAAUUUUCCUCCUAUUUUCUGAUCUCUUUCUUUCCUCGCCUCUGAGCACCGUUUAAAAGUUGUGUCUAGCUUGUGUUGGUGCCCUGGCAUCCUAUUUUCAGCACCUCAGUCCCCAGAGCCCAGCGUCUUAGGUCCUCCCUCCCCUCCUCCCCACAAGCCCCAUUAAGCAACCCGGGGCGCUGAGGUUUUGGUACUUCUGCUGUUCCACUCGCCUUCUGCACGUUUGCAUAUGUGUUUUGAGAUCACUUUACCAAAGAGAACUGUAAUCUCGGAGGGCUUCUCCUAAUGACAGAGUCUCGUGAGUGACAGCAUCCUUCCCGGCACUACACCGGCAGAUGGAGAAAGGGGGAGAAGGAAUAGGUUGUGCGGUCUGCAGUAGCCCAUUUGGAGUAAGGUGCAACAUCCCUCCCUCUCUCCUCUGGCAGAAUGGAAAUGAUGGAGAGCUGCCAGUUCUCCCCAUCCGAAUUUUUCUACGACAGCUCCUGCAUCCCUUCUCCAGAAGGGGACUUCGGGGAUGAGUUUGAGUCCAGAAUGAUUUCUUUCGGAGCUCACAAAACAGACCUCCAAGGCUCGGACGAAGAGGAGCAUGUGCGAGCCCCGACGGGUCACCACCAAGCGGGCCAUUGCCUCAUGUGGGCUUGCAAAGCCUGCAAGAGGAAGUCUACCACCAUGGACAGAAGGAAGGCAGCCACCAUGCGGGAAAGGCGGAGGCUGAAGAAGGUGAACCAGGCUUUUGAGACACUUAAGAGGUGUACUACGGCCAAUCCUAACCAGAGACUCCCCAAAGUAGAGAUCCUCAGGAAUGCUAUCAGAUACAUCGAGAGCCUCCAAGAACUGCUGAGGGAACAGGUCGAAAACUACUAUACUCUACCCGGGCAGAGCUGUUCUGAACCUACCAGCCCCACUUCCAACUGCUCGGAUGGGAUGGCUGAAUGCAACAGCCCCGUGUGGUCCAGAAGAAACAGCAGUUUUGACAGUGUCUACUGCCCUGAUAUGACAAAUGUUUCCUCCAACGACAAAAAUUCCACAUUAUCCAGCUUGGACUGCUUAUCCAGCAUAGUGGAUCGGAUCUCAUCAUCUGACCAACCUGUGUUGACUCUUCAAGACCCUGUUUCUCUCUCUUCAAUUGCCAGCACUGACUCUCAGCCAGAAACACCAGGGGCCCCUAAUUCCAGGCUCAUCUAUCAUGUGCUAUGAACUCUGAGACUUGAGAUUAACUCCACUCACUGAUUUUUCCUCCAAGUACAGAAUUAACAGGAAAGCCUGUUAGACCAUGAAACAGGAGGCUGUGCAAAUUUCCAAGCUAAGACAUUCUGUAUAUAAAUAUUUCAUAUUAGUUGUAUAUUUGUGAAUACUAUUUUGCCACUUUAUAAGAAAAUGUAUUUAACUAAAAAGUCACCAUCAUACGAAUGCUUUGUUUUUACUUUUGAUAUAUAUUUUAAUAAUAUUAUUCAUGGCAGAAGGUUGUGGGGAGGGGUAACUCGCAGAAUACUUAAGUUAUAUUUUCAUAAAUGUUACUUAUCAAAAACAUUCUUUCAUUGUUAUUAGAACUGCAUUUUAUACUUUAAAAGAUGGGUGGGAUCAGUUAUGAAGACUUUAAUCAUAGUUCAAUUUUGCUUGCUCCUAAAGUCAGUUUUAUUAAAUACAAAGAAAAAAUACUGCCUAAUAGUAUAUAUUUUACUCUUUUUAUAUGCAAAAUGCAUCCUUCUAAUGUAAAAAUAAGCCAGUAUUUUUGUGGAUAUUUUCAAGAUAUGAGAAACUUUGAAAGUGCCACUAUAAAUAAAAAUGUCUAC